CGGUAAUGUGACCAUUUUUUUUCAGUGCACACCCACACCCUUACUAGUGUUUACGGAAAAAUUGUAACGAUGAAAACUGCUUCUCCUCCUUGCAUGAAUCAAAUUUUGUAAGUUUUAUUCACUGAUUAAAGUAUCAUAUUAUUUUAUUAUUAAUUAUUCAAAAUUUCAGCUGAUGUAAAUCAACUUGGUAGAAAAAUUACUUAUUUUGAAACUAGUAUAAGUUUCACUAAACGGAUGUAACCUUUUAUGUUACACUUUCUUAAAAUCUUAUUUACAAUAUAUAUUGAAAACUUUCAUAAAUUAUUUUUUCAUGAUCUUUCUUCCUGUCGAUCCUGAAAUCUAUUUUACAAGUUCGAAAUAAAAGACAAGCCGUAGAAACUUUGAGCCACGUUAUGUUUUGCUGUAGACAACAUUCAGAUUUUUUACGAAACACUAGUAAGGGUGUGGGUGUGCACUGAAAAAAAAUGGUCACAUUACCGAACCUCUGAGAGUUGCGUAGACAGAAAAAAGGGUUUGUGAAGAAAAAAAGGGUUUCGUACAAUAUACGAAACCUUUAAAGAUUUCGAGUUUUGCAACGAAUUCUGAACCUUUUUGGGUUUCGUACCAAUCACUAAAAAGCCCUACCGAACUUUUAAAAAAGACUUUUCGACCGAUGACAAUUAUUUUGAAUGGAACAAAGGUUUUUACGAAACCCCUUCGAGGGUUUAGAAUUUGUUGCAAAAAAGGUUCGGUAUAUAACCUUCUUUUUUAGUGUGGGUGUGGGUGUGAAUGCGGUAAAAAAAACACCCACAUCACUUAUGCAAGAUAAUAUUGAUGGUCAUCAUAUAAAUUUCGAUGGUUCAAGUUAUUUACAACUUUUAUCUACUAUUAUACAAUCAAUAGAUCAAUAUUUUAAAGAAAAUAAUAAUAAUAAUACUACAUUAAUGAUUGAUAUUCAACAAUGGAUUAUUACAACAUUAAAAGUAUCAAAAGGGUCAUCAAAUCAAGAAAUUAUUUUUUCAUUUAAAUUUUUAAAUGAAUCUACAUGUCAAUUAUCAUUACCAAUGAAACAAUUUCUUUUCGAUGAAUUAAUUAAUGUUUUAAUUGAAAAUAAUAGUCGACUAAAUCGUAAGAAAAUUCAUCAACAAUUUAAUGAUAUGUGA